AUGAACAAGCUGUACAUUGGGAACCUCAACGAGAACGUUACUCCGGCGGAUCUGGAGAAAGUCUUCAACGACCACAAAAUCUCCUUCUCUGGCCAGUUCUUGGUGAAAUCUGGUUACGCCUUUGUGGAUUGCCCAGAUGAGCAAUGGGCCAUGAAAGCCAUCGAAACUUUUUCUGGCAAAGUGGAGCUGCAUGGAAAACAGCUCGAGAUUGAACACUCAGUACCUAAAAAGCAAAGGAGCCGCAAAAUUCAGAUAAGAAACAUCCCCCCUCAGCUACGAUGGGAGGUUUUGGAUGGUUUGCUAGCUCAAUACGGUACUGUGGAAAACUGUGAACAAGUGAAUACAGACAGUGAGACAGCAGUUGUCAAUGUCACCUACUCCAACCGGGAACAGACCAGACAAGCCAUCAUGAAACUUAACGGCCACCAACUGGAAAACCAUGCACUGAAGGUCUCCUAUAUUCCCGACGAACAAACUGUGCAGGGUGCGGAGAAUGGGCGUCGAGGUGGCUUUGGCACACGGGGUGCCCCGAGGCAAGGCUCUCCCGUGGCCUCAGGCGCACCUGUGAAGCAACAGCCAGUAGACAUUCCCCUCCGGCUUCUUGUUCCCACCCAGUACGUGGGAGCCAUUAUCGGUAAAGAAGGUGCCACCAUCCGCAACAUAACCAAGCAGACGCAAUCCAAAAUUGAUGUGCACCGGAAAGAAAAUGCCGGGGCAGCUGAAAAAGCAAUAAGCAUUCAUUCAACCCCAGAGGGCUGCUCUGCUGCCUGCAAGAUGAUCUUGGAAAUCAUGCAGAAGGAGGCAAAGGACACUAAGACUGCUGAUGAAGUUCCCCUGAAAAUCCUGGCGCAUAACAACUUUGUAGGACGACUGAUCGGCAAAGAGGGCCGCAACCUGAAGAAGGUGGAGCAAGACACAGAGACAAAGAUCACCAUCUCCUCCCUGCAAGACUUGACGUUGUACAACCCUGAACGGACCAUCACUGUGAAAGGUUCCAUUGAAAACUGCUGUAGAGCAGAGCAAGAGAUCAUGAAGAAAGUACGGGAGGCUUAUGAGAACGAUGUGGCGGCUAUGAGCCUACAGUCACACCUCAUACCUGGCCUCAACCUAGCUGCUGUUGGCCUCUUUCCUGCCUCUUCCAAUGCUGUGCCGCCACCUCCUAGUAGUGUCUCUGGGGCAGCUCCAUACAGUUCUUUUUUGCAACCUCCUGAGCAAGAGACGGUGCAUGUCUUCAUCCCUGCCCAGGCUGUGGGUGCCAUCAUUGGCAAGAAGGGGCAGCAUAUCAAACAGCUCUCCAGAUUCGCAAGUGCCUCCAUCAAGAUUGCUCCUCCAGAGACGCCAGAUUCCAAAGUGCGUAUGGUGAUAAUCACUGGACCACCAGAAGCCCAAUUUAAGGCUCAAGGGCGAAUUUAUGGAAAGCUUAAAGAGGAGAACUUCUUUGGGCCCAAAGAAGAAGUGAAGCUAGAGACACACAUCCGAGUCCCGGCCUCGGCCGCAGGGAGAGUCAUUGGCAAAGGAGGCAAAACAGUCAAUGAGCUACAGAACCUGACGGCAGCUGAAGUAGUUGUGCCACGAGACCAGACCCCUGACGAGAAUGAGCAAGUCAUUGUCAAAAUUAUUGGACAUUUCUAUGCCAGCCAGAUGGCACAACGCAAAAUACGCGACAUCCUCGCUCAGGUGAAACAGCAGCAUCAGAAGGGACAGAACAGCCAGGCGCAAGCACGGAGGAAAUAG